AUGGCAGGAACAACAACUAAACGAUCAAGAUCUCAGUCUUCAGACUCAACUGCUUCGGCUGAUGAAAGACCUCAUUCUCAACUUAAUCAACAAUCUUCAAAACGAUCAAGGCGUACUAUUCAUCAUCAAAACAAUUUAGAUGAUGAUGGUCCAACUGUCUCAAAGGAACGAGUUUCAGAUUCAGAAACAGGUUGGGUUAAAGAAACUCACUCAAAAUCUCAACUCAUCGCACUCGCUAUCCUUCAUCGAUUGAAGAACGAACGUGAAAGCUUUCCAAACGAUACUCUCUCUCCUUCGGGCCAAACAACCGUCCCGCCCUCUCCUAUCAUCUCAGCUACUACUCUCUUUGAGGAUUUACCUGCUCUUACUCUCGAAUCUAUCGAAGACCGAGUCAAAGCUGGUACACUCUCGUCACUCGUUAAUUUCGAUCAAGAAUUACACCAAUGCUUCAAAAAAGCCGAAAGGACUUAUGCAACAGAUCUUCAGCGUCUCGGUGCAGUUUAUAUGCUCAGGCGUCUCUAUCAAGAACUGACCAAAGGUGAUGGAUCCAUCGCUUUAGAGGAUACCAUCCCUGUUGGAUCUUGUCGCAAGCUAUCUACCGUCACAAUGGGACCUGGAAAUAAACACGCGCUACCGAAAAAUGACGACCAGCUCAAACUUCGCGCUAAAGAUAAGGUUAUCUUGGACGGAAUUCGAUAUAAGUCUGAUGUCUUCAAGACUGGGGAUUGGGUCCAUCUCUCGAAUCCUGAUAACCCUGCUCGACCGAUUGUGGGACAAGUUUUCCAUACAUACAAACGUUCUGAUAACCAUCAACGAAUGCUUACGGUGUGUUGGUACUAUCGACCUGAAGAGACCGUUCAUCAUAUCUCACGACUUUUCAUCGAGAACGAAGUAUUUAAGACUGGCAAUUUCAUUGAGCACGUCAUCGAGGACGUUUUGGGAAGAUGCCUGGUGCUAUUUUAUACCAAAUAUCUGCGUGGUCGACCUUCAGCACCUCUGUGGACUCACGACCUUACUUUGUAUAUAUGUGAGCAUCGCUAUAAAGAUGAUGACUAUACCUUCAAAAAGAUCAAGAAUUGGGAAUCAUGCGCUCCUUCCAACGUACGAACAGAAGGACAUGAAGAAAACUUUCAAUCAUUCCCUACUCCUUUAGCAGUGAAUACGAUUGUACGAGUGGAUUCACCAUUUCUUAUACCAGCGACCACCAACUUUCAAGCCAAUGGCGAACCUAUCAUCGUAUCACCGACAGAGUUAAUGAAAGUCUUGCCAAAGGAUCAAGUCAAGCAUCAUAGACAAGAUUAUACUUUACAAAAGAUUGAAAGUAUUUUGGGCAUCUUACCAUCUAAUCCACCUCGACCUCCGCACCAAUCUAGGAGUCCUGAUUCAUCAGCUCCACAAACCCCUCGUUUACGUGCAUCUACUCCGGCUAGUAAUACUCCAGUACCACCAACUCCGGUGGUAGCCAAACCCGUGACUGCCACUCCAGUAGUCCAUUCUCAACCUUCUCCAGCUCUUCCGCCUCCUCCCGCUGUACCUCCUAUGUCUCGUCCGUCGAAUACAGGUGAGAUUACAGUGGGUGGUCGAUUUGGCGAACUGCUUAAACAAAUCAAUCCUUCACGCAAGACACCUUGCGUUCUGGAUAUCUAUGCAAACCAAGAAUCGUUUGAAAAAUUACCCGAGGUUUUAUUGUCACAAAUCAGUAAGCCAAGCGAUGAUGAUCCAUCAAGAGAUCCAAGUUUAAAACCAUUUGAAGAUCUUAUGUGGAUUGCUGCACCACCUACCAAACCGUUUCUUACCACCACUUCAACUACACCUGAACCUUUGAAACAUAGCGAAGCUUAUUUAGCUUAUUUGGCAACUACACAACAGGUCGGGACAUCAAAUUAUUCGUAA